ACCCAUACACACGUGUCUUUAAGGGGAAAACUCUACCUACUGCAUUUUCCCUUCAAAAGAUUCAAAGGAACGGUGCCCUUUCAAACCAAUAUGUACUACACAUUCUAUCUCACCCCUCAACUCUCACUCAUUGGUUCAUUAUCAUGGAAGAAAACCAACCUCCAUUGAGCUCCAAGAUCUCAACAGUGGUACCCGCAACCUCACGACGCGAUGAAAACAGCGCGUGGCAUCUGAGCAACAUGGACCUGCUCGUGAAGCUCCACUACAUCAGAGCCGUUUAUUUUUUCAUCAACGACGCAGCACUGGGGCUCUCAAUUUGCGACCUCAAGGAACCCAUGUUCCUUCUCCUCGACGACUUAGCGCACUUAUCAGGUCGGAUCCGAGUGGAGGAAUCGGGUCGAGCCUUCAUAAAGUGCAACGACGCCGGCGUGCGCAUCGCUGAGUCCCACAGUGACAUGAUCCUUGAAGAAUGGUUCAACCAAAAUGGGUAUUCCACUGAAGAUCUUGUCCAUGAUCACAUGCUUGGUCCCGACCUUGGUUUCUCUCCUUUGGUUUUCGUCAAGUUCACUUGGUUCAAAUGUGGAGGGCUCUGUGUGGGACUCAGCUGGUCUCAUGUCCUUGGAGAUGCUUUUUCAGCUUUCAACUUCAUCAACAAGUGGAGCCAAAUACUGUCAGGUCAAAUGCCACCAAAAUCUCUUCUUAUGCCAAAUCACAAAGAAGCCAAAUUCCUACACAAUUCAAAUUCAGGGAAUCCCAUUUCUGUUAAAAGGGCUAAAAUUGUUGAACAACACUGGCUUGCUACUAAUGACACCAAAAUGGGUACUCACUCUUUUCACAUUAACUCCGAACAACUUGACCACUUGGUAACAAGUGCAUUUCCAUGUGGUGAAAACCAAAUCACCAACAACCCCUUAUAUUUUGAAACUCUUUCAGCAUUGUUGUGGAAAUAUAUAGCUCGCAUAAGGGGUGGCUCUGAGCCAAAGAUUGUGACAAUUUGUACAUAUGGCACUGAUUAUAGAAAAAUUGAUGAUGUUCCCACCAAUGGCUUGGUGUUAAGCAUAGUUGAAGCAAAUGUGGUGGUUGGUAAAUCUGAUGUGUCGGAUUUGGCAAAGCUAAUUGCUGAGGAAAAGAAGGCUGAAAAUAGUAUUGUGGAAAUGUUGGUGGAAGAAAAAGAAGGCACAGAGGAUUUUACAGUUUAUGGAGCAAACUUAACAUUUGUAAAUUUGGAAGAAGCUAAAAUUUACGAGGCCAAUUUGAAUGGACAAAAACCAAUUGUGGCGAAUUGUAGUAUCCAUGGAGUGGGUAAUCAAGGUGCUGUUUUGGUGCUUCCAGCACCAGAAGAUAACAAAGGAAGAAUGAUAACGGUUUCUUUGCCUGAGAAUGAACUUGAUCAACUGAAAGAUAAGCUAGGAGGAGAAUGGGGUGUUGCUUCACAUCUAUUCUAAUGAUCCAAAGCAUCAUUUGGUGGAUUAUUUUCGUAAUUUUGUGAUUUUAUUUGCUCAUGUUUGCUAGCAAUAAGAGUACAAUUAUAAAGAAUUUAGUACCUCCUAAGUGAGGAGAUACAUUUUAAAAGAUAAAAGUGGGACUAUGGUUGUUGAUUAAAAUCAAUGAUUGAGAUUGUGAUAACAUUCAGACACAUGUAUACCAAUUAAGAUAUAAGGUUAUUUACAUCUAAAUCCUUCACUUUCUAAUCAAGUUGUACUUUUA